AUGGGUAAUACAAAUUCGGGGCAAGGACAUUCACGUCAUCACAACAAGAGUAGGAAGUCGAGGAGUUUGCCAACUUCGCCAGAAGUGAGAAGACAAGUCUCUGUUCUGCAGACGUCGAUUCCUCUGCCGGCGUCUGCGGCGGCGGUGAGACGCGCUCCACCCGACAAACGACCUCUGCCAGCGACCCCUGUACACGGAAAGAGUGGGCUCUCAGCGAGCUCAAGUCGGUCAACAAGUCCUCUUGGUCAAGGAGCAGUAAGUUUUAUACCUAGGGCGCCUGCAUCUUCUUCUGGUUCUAGACCUAAUUCGUCGUUGCUUGCACCCGGUAGCAAAAUUCCUUCGACCUUAACCCAACCUCAACAUUCUCAAAACACAAGUCAUCAAAAUGGUGCUCCAAAUAAACAGUCCAUGCUAGAUAAGUUAAAACUCUUUAACAAAGACAAAGUUAGUAGUGAAAAACAAAGCAGUAAAAGCACUGCGGUUUCAAAACGUACAAGUUCAUCAAGUGGAUUCUCAUCAGCCAAAAGUGAGCGAUCAGAUUCUAGUUUGAGUCUUAACGAAUCUGCAAAUGCUACAAACACACAUAUCAAAUCAUCUAGUUUGAUAGGACCUAAAAGUGUCAGACCACACAAUGAUACAUUAACAAAAGAUAGAUCGGGUAAAAACGUGAAAUCUAAAUUAGUAAAUUCGAAGAUUGUGAAGGAAUCAUCGACAAACUUAAAUAAAUCAAAUAUAAAAUCAAGUAAUGAAAAGUCAAGAAAUAGUCCAAAAUUACCUGCGCGUGACAAAGAAUCGAGGUUGGCUGCUCCAAAGUCGGUUAGUAAUACAAAACUAAAUCAAAUAGAGGACCAUUCAAAAAGUCCAAAGUCGAGACUGGAGUCAAAAAUGGUGAAAUUGUCUGGGAGUCAAAUGAAACUCUCUGAACGGACUGAGAAUAGUGACGUUAAAACUUAUGAGAAUACUAAGAAUCAUUCUCAUCAAAUACAACCACCUUCACCGACUAAUGCUUCCCAAGUGCCUCUUCAAAAUCAGACAGGUAUUCCUAAACCUACUGCAGCAGUAAAAGGGACGACAAAAAUAUCAAAAGAUGAAAAACAUGGUAUCCAUAAAAGUGCAAAUAGUCAAUUAAGUCCUAUUCAAAGUAAUUCUAGCUUAAACUCUACCAACAAUGUCAGUGCUCUUCCGUUCUCUAGAGAACAGUCGAAUCUGAGUAAGGAAGUAAAUCAGAAACAAACUCUCGCCGUCUCUCCUAUGCCUGUUAUAAACAGUGGCAGUCAAAAUCCACCAUCCCAAAUGUCUGAGAGUUCGCAUUCAAAUUCAACACAUAGUACCACUGGCCAGCAAUCUAACUCUAGUGAUGGCAGUGUCAUAUACCGCCCAUCAAGUGAAUCAGGAUCUGAAAUUUCAAAAGGAAGCAAUUUAGUGUGUAACAAAAGACUAGAUAUGAAUACAACAUAUAUCAAUGACGUUAUAAAUGAAGCAGAAAUAUCAGAAAAAGAAGCUGCACAAAAACGAACUGCUGAUAAGCCUAGUCCCAAGCCAAUGUUUGAUGCUAAUAAAACUCUUACGGAAUAUGAAAAGAACGAUAGUCGUUCUAGUACCCCAUCUCACUGUAGGGAUAACUCCCUGGGAGAAGAUGAAAACCCCUUAAUGAAUGUUCUACCGAUGAGGCCUUUGCUCAGGGGAUAUAAUAGUCAUUUAACUUUACCAAUGAGAACAACUGGGUUGGCGCAAAAAAAUAUACCUGGAUAUCCUCAUCAUGCAAAUACUGUCAAAGCUAAUUUUGGUAGGGAUAAUAUGGCAUUGCGUGAGCGAAUAAAUUAUGGCCCUGGAUUUUCUAACCCCGACUAUUGUGACCUUGAUAUUGCCUCUGGUUACAUGUCCGACGGGGAUUGUCUGAGGCGAAUAAAUGUAAAUGAAAUGGACUGUGAACGUAAUAAUGAUAUUAUGGAUGGAUAUAUGUCAGAAGGUGGAGCGUCUUUAUACGGCCGGAGAAUGAAUUAUCAACAAUCAUCACAGUUCCAGCAACUUGAUGAGAGACGUGGUCGUAGAGGCAUGGAAGGCGGAAGCGGUGUGGUGUACCGAGUGGUAGGCCGUAAUCGCAGUAAGGCUGACUGCGGCCAACAAACCGAACGACAACCGCCAGCCCCAAGACAAGAUACCACCUGGAAGAAAUAUACUGACUCCCCUGGUGUUGGAACUCCACCUUCGAACCAACCAACACCGGCACCACCAAGUCCAUCUCAUGGAAGGAAAGGCGAACGACGUGCUGGACACCAUUCGCCACAACAUCACAAGAGAGAAAAGCUCACUGCUGCCCAACAGUUGGGAAUCGCACCACAUCCUCAAUAUCCAGCUCCAAGCCAAUCAAGUCAACAUUCGUCAAGAAGUGGAGGGUCCCAGUUACAGUCACCUAGUGGUUCAUCGCGCCCAUCCAGUGGGAAUGGCAGUUGUUCCAACAAAGCAAAAGUCCCACAGAACUUUGGUUACGUCAAGAGACAGAACGGCCAGCCACCUCCACCACCUCCAAAUGGACCUCCACAACAUACACACGGUGGAAGAACAGCUCAAGUAUCAGCAGUGCCCAGAACAAAAGUUAAAGUAUCUGGCGGAACACAAACAUGUACUCAAGACCUUCAAAUACACAAGAACGGCAUAGGUCCGAAGUCCUUCUCACUGCAAGGAACAGCGGCUGCACAGCUAUCUGCAUCAGUUCGUGAGAGACUCCUCGGCUCACAGUCACUACCAAAGCCGGGGACACAUGAAUUCGCCGCCCUCUUCCAUCAUCACAGGCCGUCACCGAGGGGAGGUAUGAAGAUCAGCGAUGGCAGUCUCUCCGACACACAAACGUACUCCGAAGUGAAAUCCGACUACGGCAUACCGUACGCUCCAUGGUUGAGACAUAGUAAUACAUACACAAGCGGAAGGCUGUCUGAAGGCGAGUCUAUGGAGUCGUUAACGUCGCUGCACUCCGCGCAACACACACAAUCCCCUAACUCACGCAGCUCACUCACACAUAACAAGCUCAUCAUGCAUCGAGACGCACAGAGUACGAGAUUGAACAGGAGCAACAGCAUCAGCUACCUCAGAGAUAGGACGUUCCCAAGGUCAACGAAGUCCGAGAAACUGUACCCGUCAAUGCUUCAAAGGUCGUCUGAGAGUGACUAUGAACCGUACUACUGUUUACCAGUUCAAUAUGGACCGAGUGGACAAGGUAUAAGUUACGGCGUGUCUGAGCCGCCUUCACCAUCCCCGCGUUCAGCUCUGAGUCCAACACACGCGCCUGCCAUCCACACGCCGAGACACUCGCACCAUUAUCCUAAGAAAAAUGACGACGUUCACGGUUCAACGGCAUCUCUGGUAUCAACCGCGUCAUCACUAGCGGCCGGUGCGGGAUCAGACGAAAGACAUAAUCAUGAGGUUCGAAAGUUACGGAGAGAGCUGGCCGACGCGAAGGAAAAGGUGCACACCCUGACGACGCAGCUGACCACCAAUGUAAGUACUUUCUAUUACUUAUGA